ACUAGGAAACCCUCUUGUAUAUAUACACAUGUAAUCUCUCCAUUAUGAUUAUUGGAAAUUAACCAUUCUUCAUGGUAUCGGAGCCCUAAUCAAUCACAGCUCCCCUCUCCAACCCUAAUUCUCUCUCUCUCGUUCGGCCGUACCUCCCCCCUCACGGCAGUCUUCUUCGCCGCCGGCAACCAUGGCCGUAGCUUCUUCCGUCACUUCCGACAACAACACCUCCUCUAAAUCUCCCCAUCUUGCCUUCACAACAAUCUCCAACAUCAAACUCCAUAUUCCUGUUCAACUCAGCAUCUCCGAACCCAACUACAAAAAGUGGAGUCGCCUCUUUCGUCUCCUUGUCCUUCGCUUCAAUCUCAUGGGAUAUCUUGACGGUACCACUGUCGCCUCUUCCAAGGACGACACCGAAUGGUUUCAAUUUGAUGCCCUUCUUCAAGGAUGGAUUCUAUCCACAGCCUCCGAUGAAGUCUCAAAUCUGGUUCUUGCCAGCAGCCCCUCCGCUUCUGCUUUGUGGACGACGAACUACAAACUUUUUCAUGAUAAUAAGCAUGCUCGAGCGAUGCAGUUGGAGCACCGGUUCCGAACAACCGUCAAAGGCAAUCACUCCAUUAAUGACUAUUGCCAUCUCCUCAAAAAUCUGGCGGACUACCUCGACGACGUGGAUGCCCCGGUGACCGAACAUGCUUUUGUUUUACACGUUCUUCAAGGCUUGCCCCACGACAUUCGGACCCAAGUGCACUUCUUACAAUAUCAGAACCCCUUCCCGAUGUUCAUGAAGGUUCGGUUGGCGCUCCUACUCGUGGAACAACAAUAAGCCGAUGCCCUCUCCAACACCGGGCCGUCGACCGCCCUCCCCAGCACUGGUGACGGCAGCGGCAACAAUGGCGGCGGGGGACAGUCACGGCAGUCGGGCAGCGGCUUUGGACAAGGUUCCUACGGAGGUCAAAACCGGGGCAACAACGGACGUGGACGUGUACGUGGCCCGAAUCAGCGACAACCCAUCGG